AUGUUGGAACUUGGGUGGACUUCGGCGCAUGGUGUGGGGCCGCUGACGCCUGUGUCCGAGAAUUCUGAGGCCCCGGACACUCCUUUGCCCAACACCAGUCGCCGGAGUGUUAUAGAUGAGAAUGAUGACAUUGGGGAGGAAAAAGUAGUUUCACCAUCUGCAGUGCCGUUUAUGGCGUUGUUUAACUGUGCGGAUAGGUUUGACUGGAUUCUUAUGGUGCUCGGGUCGUUGGGUUCUGUGGUUCAUGGUGCAUCGCUUGCGGUAUACAUACAUUUAUUCGGAAAAGUUAUUCAUUUAUUGAGCUUUCAUAGUAAUGCGGAUGAACUGUUUGACCGUUUUUCUCGGUAUGCUUUGUAUAUUGUGUAUAUAGGCUUGGUUGUCUUUGCUGCUAGUUGGAUCAAGAUAUGGUGUUGGAUUCUUGCGGCCGAAAGACAAACUGCCGUGUUAAGGACGAAGUACGUUCAAGUAAUACUAAACCAAAACAUGACCUUUUUUGAUACGUAUGGAAACAACGGGGACGUAGUUAAUCAAGUGUUGACUGAUGCUCAAGUUAUUCAAUGUGUUCUUGGUGAAAAGGUUGGAGAUUAUCUUCACAACGUUGCGGCAUGUUUAGGUGGGAUUGUCAUUGCGUUUAUAAACUGCUGGCAGAUCGCAUUUGUAGCAUUGGCAACAAGUCCGGUAAUUUUGGCUGCAGGUUGGAUUUCAAAUAUAUUUCUCCGUAAGUUUGAAGGAAGCCUUCAAGAUGCGAACGUUCAUGCCGCAAGCGUUGCUGAAGAGGCAUUGUCAAACAUUAGAACACUAUACGCAUUCACAAACGAAGCAUUAGCCAAACACUCUUACGCGUCUUCUCUUCACAAUACACUGAAAUACGGUAUUAUAAUAAGCCUUGUACAAGGACUUAGCAUUGGAUUCACAGAUGGACUCGGAAUGUGUUCUUGUGCUUUGCAACUUUGGGUUGGAAGAAUUUUAGUUACAAGUGGAAAAUCUAGCGGCGCUGAAAUCCUUACCGCCAUUUUUGCUAUAAUUUUAAUUGGCAUUGCGUUAAAUCAGGCGUCUACAAUCCUGUAUUCAUUUGAGCAAGGCCGUAUAGCUGCAUACAGAUUGUAUGGCGUUAUAAGAAACUCGGGUUCAGCUACGUGUUCAGAUGGAAAUACUUUAGCUUUUGUGCAAGGAAAAAUUGAGUUUCGGGAUGUUUACUUUAGAUACCCCACGUGUCCUGCGAUCCCUGUCUUAAGUGGAUUUUACCUGAAUAUCCCUGCUAGAGUAACUGUGGCACUUGUGGGAAGAAGUGGGUCGGGAAAAAGUAGUUUGAUCCGCCUCCUAGAACGCCAGUAUGAUCCUAAUUUGGGAGAGGUUCUUUUGGAUGGAGUAAAUAUUAAAAGCUUGAAGCUAGAAUGGUUGAGACGCCAAAUAGGGCUGGUGACACAAGAAACCGCUUUAGCAUGUUCAAGCAUAGCAGAUAACAUUGCUUAUGGACGUCCUAACGUCACGUUAGAUCAAAUUGAGGAGGCUGCUAAGAUCGCACAUGUGCAUGCAUUCAUAAGUUCACUUGAAAGCGGAUACAAUACUCCGGUUGGUAAAAGCGGUUUAACGUUGACAGACGAACAUAAGACAAGAAUUUCUAUUGCUAGAGCAGUUCUUUCAAACCCGACAAUUCUCUUGCUUGAUGAAGUUACCAGCAGACUCGAUUUGGAAGCAGAAAAUGCUGUUCAGGAGACGUUACGGAUGAUUACACGUGGGAGAUCAACUAUAAUGAUCGCUAGGAAAUUGAAUCUUGUGAAAGAAGCUGAUCUAAUCGCUGUGAUGGAUGGUGGCCAGUGUGUCGAAAUGGGUACGCAUGAUGAAUUGAUUAGCUCACAUGGCCUGUAUUCAGAGCUUCUUAGAUGUGAAGAAGUGAUCAAACUCCCUGAAAGGUUGCCAAGUAAGAAUAACAAUGACAAUGACUCAGUUGAUGAUAGUAUUGAAGUCAUGAGACACAAUGCAGACCGUAAGUGUUCACCGUCUUUACGGAGACUUGUGAAGUUAAGUUUACCAGAGUGUCUAUACGCAGUUUUGGGAAGCGUGGGGGCUUCGGCGUUUGGAUCUUUAAGACCGAUCCUUGCUUAUGUUGUUGGCCUCAUAGUGACUGCGUACUAUAGACAUGGUGCAAGCCGUUUUGAUAUUGAUAAAUGGUGCUUGAUAAUUGCACUCAUGGCUAUCAUUGCUUUAGUAGCCACCGUACUGCAUCAUUUCUACUUCGGAAUCAUGGGAGAAAAAAUGACCGAAAGAAUCAGAAGAAUGAUGUUUUCAGCCAUGCUCCAGAGUGAAGUAGGAUGGUUUGAUAACGAUGAAAACAAUACUGACAUCUUAUUAUCACGACUAGCAAACGACGCCACAUAUGCAAGUGCUGUUUUCAGCAACCGACUAUGUAUGAUCAUCCAGGACUUUUGUGCUGCCUUCACUGCUAUAAUUAUCGGAUUCUCUAUGGAAUGGAGGUUUGCAUUGGUGGCUUUGGUGAUUAUACCAUUUCUAAUCAUCACUACAGUCGCACAGAGAAGGUUGUUUUCUGGGUUCUCGAGGAGAAUUGCGGAGCUUCAUAAGAAGGCUUCAGUGGUUCUAGAAGAUUUGGUAAGUAACAUCUCGACUGUAAUGGCGUAUUGUGCCGGAAAUGAGGCUUCGAGACUCUACACUAUAUAUCUAAAAAAGGUCUACAAACAAACUUUCCUUCAUGGAAUUUCAAUUGGACUCAUGUCCGGUUUUUCAAGAUUUCUCUUUUUCGCGUGCAACGCUGUUCUACUUCGGUACACCGCUGCUUUUGUAAGAAAUGACCAUAUCGACCUUCCCACGGCCCUUAGAGGAUAUAUCGUCUUUACAUUUGCAACUUUUGCACUAGUGGAACCGUUCGGGAUUAUGACACCUAACAUACACAAAAGACAGAAAGAUCUCGCUAGUGUUUUCGAUAUCAUCGAUCAUGUUCCUGAGGUUAACCAUGAUGAAUCUACUGCACUUAAGCCCGUUAGUGCGUAUGGAACUAUCGAGUUUAAAAAUGUCAGCUUUUGUUACCCGAAAAGUCCAGAAAUCAUGGUGUUGCGAGAUUUCAACGUUAAAGUUGAAGGCGGACACACGGUGGGUGUAGUCGGGGUAUCCGGUUCUGGAAAAAGUACUAUCCUUUCUUUGAUCUUACGAUUUUACGAUCCGGUUUCUGGCCAGAUACUUCUAGAUGGAAAAGACUUGAAACAUUUUAAUCUAAGAUGGUUAAGGAGCCAGCUCGGUUUUGUUCAACAAGAACCGGUCAUAUUCUCGACCACCAUUAGAGAAAACAUAGCAUAUGCGCGACGUAAUGCAAGUGAAACUGAGAUCAAAGAAGCAGCCAGAAUCGCGAAUGCUCACCAUUUUAUUAGUAGUUUGCCUAAAGGGUAUGACACUAAGGCUGGUCCCGACGGGAUGGAGUUAACACCGGGACAGAAACAUAGGAUCGCCAUUGCUCGUGUGGUGUUGAAAAACGCGCCCAUUUUGUUGUUGGAUGAGGCUGACAAUAGGAUCGAACACGAGUCAAGACGUAUGGUGCAAGAGGCUCUUGACACACUGUUAAUCGGUAGCAAAACAACAAUAAUAGUUGCACGUAGAGAGUCUAUGAUGAGACGAGUUGAUAAAAUAUUGGUUGUUAAUGGAGGCCAAAUUGUGGAGCAAGGGACUCAUGAUUCUCUUGCAGCAAUGAAGGAUGGUGUUUAUGCCAAACUGACCCAGCCACGUAGUCGUUUCGUUAAAGGCCUUCGGCCUCGCUUUCUCGGUUCGGCUCGUUAACUUGCUCAAAAUGAAGGUUAUUCAAAUAAUUUGUACAAAUUAUAUGUUUUUCUUCUGCAAAUAGGCGAUUAAUCUUGUAGAUUUGUCUUUGUUACGUUCAAAUUUGUACAAAAGGCUCAUAAUAAAAUGAUAAUUUUAGGUCGGAUCA